AUGGAUGCUAGGAAGGACUAUAAAGCAGCCAUUAAAGAUGCUAAACUUCACUUUAACGCCAAGAUUAUCGAAUCGUCCUCUAACAAAUGUAAGACAGCCUGGUCUGUUAUAAAUUCAGCUAGGAUUAGCUCCAGCAAGGCGGGCGUUGUACCCAUAACUGCGGAUGAGUUCAACCAAUACUUCAUCUCAUCUGUGGCGGAUGUUCAGAAAACUGUCAAUCUCAAUCAACCUGCUUCUACUUACCUGCUCAACAAUUUUGCUGUAUACCCGAGGUCACCUUCAGAUGGAAGCCAGGAGUGUGACACCAACAACAUUGAUAGUUAUGUCUACCCCCCUGUAGAACAAUUUACAUCAGAUACUUCUUAUAACAAGAAAGAGUUCAGUUCAGUAAAACACUCUAAUGGAAGUCUGGACCAAUUUUCCCUCAAAAGACAAGACUUUAUAAAACAAAUACCACUUCUUCCUUCUAUAGUUCAUGAACAGAAAUUUUCCAAAUCAUAUCCAGAAGAGAUAUUCAGAAGACAAAGAUCAAUUAAAUGUAAACAUCUUCAUAAGACUUUCAAAAAUUGCUUAUGGACUUUAUUUUACACAAAUGCUUCCCUUUUGGUCCUUGGGUUGAUCCUGCUGAUUCUAGCUUUAUCACACUUUUUAGCAAAGAAGUACAUCAGUAUUGUAACUGAAGAAACAGGAUUUGUAAUUUGGCUUUGGGUGAUAUUGAUACUUUCAGCUCUUAUUGUUAUUGUUGGAGUUUAUGGAAUAAUCACUUCAAUAAAUCCGAACAAAUGCAGGAUUGUUUCCUACUGCAUGGAAACAUUCAUUUUGGCAUUUAUGAUCAUCAUUUUCUUGGUGUUCCUACGGAUUUUAUUUGUUAACAUAAAGGGAGUUCAACAUAGUCUUAUGAGUAACACGUUAAAAAAAUAUAGAUGCAUCAAACACAUCAGGAAUGCAUGGAAUGAACUUCAAGAAAAUUUUAAAUGUUGCGGGAUUGAAGGAAAGGAAGAUUGGAAAUAUGCCCCGUCUUCAUGCUGCAAUGCUACAUCACAACAAGGGAAGACCAAGAGGAGGCAAGGCGACUCCUGCCAAACUGUGCAGUUCCGGACUGAGCGUGUGUGGGGAGGUCACGACUCCGGCCAAACUGUGCAGUUCCGGCCUCAAGGCUCGGCCUUCAGUCCGGGAUGGAACGUGUAUGAGCUACAGACUACACCUCGGAUUUUGCCGAAGUUUGGUAUGUACUAA